AGACUAUAAUAAUCGUCAGCGUACUCGAUUGACAAUUUACCUGCGUGAUUUUAGUCGAUAUUUUUUUGUAAAACACUGCAAUACGUCAUCAGUCUACUGCAAAAUAAUGUCACACCAGAAAUUGUAUAAGGCACAUUCGAAUCAACUUCCUUCGACGCAACCAGUAGCUGUUUUACCGCAGAAUAUCUACUCUCGUCCUGUUCAUCAUCUGUCGUCUAACUUUAUGGUCGAUAAAUAUCUAAGAUCAAUGGUUAACUCGCCACCGGAAGUAAGGGAAAGACCGAGACGAAAUUCAGAUCCCUCUCAAAGAAAAUUAUCCACUCAAAGUUCUUCAGGAAUAUUUAUUGCAUCGGAUUACGAUAAAAUGACAAAGCAAUCACCAGCAAUGGGAGAUAGUCCAAACGAAGAUUUCGAAGAAUUGCUCACUUGCAUGAUUUGCUUUGAUUCUUAUACAAAUCCCAAAAUGUUGACUUGCGGACAUACGUUCUGCGAGGACUGUCUUGCCGGAUAUAACAAUAGCUAUGUCCAACAGAAGAAGCACGUUCCUGGACAAUUACCUUGUCCAACAUGUAGGGAAUAUACUCCUCUUCCAAAAGUUGGAAUUAGCGGUUUGAAAAAUGAUUUUAAGAUAGAAAAAAUAAAGAGAAUGGAAGAUAUGUUUAGAACAGUUUCUAGAAGAGGAAAAGUAUGCGAUUCGUGCAAGGCUGAAAGGAGAACGACUAAGUCCCAGUUUUAUUGUAAUGAUUGCGGUAUGAAAUACUGUAAGUCGUGCGCUGAAAAGCACAAUAGAAGCCCUAUAUUAUCUGGCCAUAAUAUCAUAAACGAUCCGGAUAGGAAUGGGGAAAUUUGUAAAAAUCACUCGCCAGAAGAGGUAAAGUUUCUAUGCAAAACUUGUAAGACGGUUGUUUGCGUAGUUUGCACUAUUCACGACCACGAAGGUCACGAGUUUGUUGAGUUGAAUAAAAUAUUUAGUGAGAAUCAAGAUAAGAUAAACAAUCUAAAAGAGAUUAUACUGUCUAAAUUGUCAGAGAUGAAAGGCAAAAGAAAAGAUAUAGAUUUACUUCGCGAAAAACAUUUAUUCGCUUGCAAUUCGGCUGAAAAACUAUUGAAAACGUGUACGGAGAAAUCUAUUUAUCAAAUAAAGAAAUGUCAAGAAGCUUUAAUGAAGGAAUUGGCUAUUAAAAAGGAUGAAAAAUUAGCUACUAUUGAACAAUAUAAAGAAAAUCUUGAUUAUAUUAUUGCGGAAGCCCACGGCCUUCAAAGUUUUGUCUCAUCUGCCAUGGAAACUUCAAAAAGUGUUCGAGCUAUAGCAAUGUUUGAAGAUUUAAUAGAAAGAAUGAAAACUAUCUCCAAAACGGAAAUCAAUCAAGAUGACGUUAGUCCGUACCGUUUCGUGUCUUUUUCCGAAAGUAUCCUUCCUUUGUCUAUUGGAGAACUUAGGGAAACCGACGACCCUCCCAAAUUUAUUAGGCAAACGCCAACAAGGCAAAUUUCCAACGAAAGAGGCGGUAAACCAACUUUAGUUUUUAAAAUCGAUAAGCAGGGCUCGAAUCUUGGUGAAUUAAAAGAUCCGUUGGGCGUGACCUGCCUAGCUAACGGUAAUAUAGUCGUUUCCGAAUGGGGAAACGAAAGGGUUCAAGUCUUCGACCCUAAUGGAAAACAUUUGUCAGUUAUUGGAACUGGUCUUAUUCAACCUCAGGAUGUCAGUUGUACUAGAAAAGGUAAUAUACUAGUAUCUGACGCUAAAAAUAAAAGAAUUGAGGCCUUUUCACCGAUUGGUCCAACUGGAAAGUCUAUUAGUAAAUGGGGACUUGGAAAAUUUGUUCAGCCUUGCGGUGUAGCCGUAAGUUCAAAUGGAAACUGUGUUAUCACCGACAUUGCUGAAUGUUCUGUCAGCAUUUUUGAGGUUUGUAUUAAUGCUAGCUGUAGGUUUUUUUUAGUUACGAAGUAAUAGACCAUUGCCUGACGUGUUUUAGUCUUUCUUUUGAGUAUUAAUUACAUAAUCAAAAAACACUAUUCGAACUAAACUAAGCAUACAAAUGAGCAUAAAAAACAAUGUAUUAAACAGAGCGAGAAGAAGGAGUUGGUCAGGUUUGGAAAGAUGGGAGGACGAAGAGAAGAUUUUAAAAAUCCUCUCUAUGUCGAAACAUCGGAGAAAAACUAUAUUUACGUGUCGGAUUCUGACAACCACUGCGUUAAAGUCUUUGAUUCGCAUGGUAAUUAUCAGGGUAAAAUUGGUUCGAAAGGAGUUGGACCUGGACAAUUAUUAUAUCCGCGAGGUGUCGCUUUCGACAGCGAUGAUAAUCUUCUAGUGGCCGACAGAAACAAUCAUAGAGUCUGCAAAUUUACGCGAAACGGAAAGUUUCUAAGGGAGAUUUUAACUCGUUACGACGGAAUAAAUUUCCCAUAUGGAAUCGCGUAUAGUUCAACAAAUAGGUUAAUUAUCACUGAAAGUGGAGAAGAUAGAGCGGCUUUAAAAAUAUUUCAAUUAUGAUUAAUAAAUAAUAUAUAUACUAUAUACUGUAUGUGAACAGAUAGAGAGAUUUUAUUUAUCGCUUUAGCAAUAUGUUCGUCUAUCAUGCUAAUCUUUCUAACAUAGUUUCUCCUCUUCCUUAAUUCUCUUUGCGGAAGAGAAAAUUCAAUGUAAACUAUAUUCCUGAGUAAUUACCUGUUCAUUCAUUCGCUUAUUCAAUUAAAUAUGUAUUCAUUCAUGUAUUCACCUAUUCAUUCAGUUAUAGAGUCAAUCUGUAGACACAUAAUGUGCCGCUGUCUGUCAAUCUAUCUCUUUGUCUCUCUCUCCUCUCUCUCUCUCUCUCUGUUGCCUAUUUAAUUUAUUGUGGCUUUUUAUCUUUUGUACAAGACAAGAAAAGUGCCUAAAUAAUGCUUCAAAAGUGAAAAAAUUGUUAAAUACGAAGAAUAUUUAUAUAUAAAUGUCCUCCAUGUUUUACUCUGAUGUUAUCUUCUAUAUGAAAAUGAGAAAAUAAAAAAUUAAAUUCAAAGAGAUUAUUACAAAUGAAAGUUGACUGA